AUGAAAAGUCGACUGACUUUGUUGCUGACGCUGCCCCUCUUCCAAACAAAAAUCCACUUCCUCGAGGAAUUCGACGAUGAGUCGUGGCGGGACCGGUGGAUUCAGUCGCAAUUCCCGAAAAAUUAUGGAACGUGGAAUUUGUCAUCGGGCGUCUACCAUGACGAUGCGGCCCGUGAUCAGGGCAUCAAAACGAUGACGAACAGCAGCUUCUACACGAUAUCCGCCACUUUCCCCAGGUUUUCAAACCGAAAAACUUCGCUAAUCGUCCAGUUUACUGUCAAGCACGAGCAGGAGCUGGAUUGUGGUGGCGGCUACAUAAAGAUAAUGCCCUCAACCAUUGAUCAGCACCAGUUCAACGAUAAAACCCCGUAUCACGUCAUGUUCGGGCCGGACAUCUGCAACUCGCGCAAGGAUUUGCAGGUAAUCAUCAACCAACAUGGGCGCCAAUAUCCGCUCAAGGAAAUCCUGCGGUGUGCGUGGGACGAUCUCACGCAUCUCUACACACUUAUCCUAAACCCAAAUGGAACCUACGAAGUGCGCACCGAUUGGCUGAGGAUGGGCACCGGAUAUGUUGAAGAAGACUUUGAUCUGGACUGGGAUUGGCACGAGCAUAAGCAUCAAUCGCUUUUCAAAGAUAUCGGGGCUGUUGGCAUCGAUAUUUGGCAGGUAAAAUCCGGCUCGAUCUUUGACAACAUCUUGAUCACCGACGAUCUAGAAGAAGCCCGGCAACACGCUAAGAAGACGUUCGAGCCUUUACGGCGUGCCGAACGCACCCAACGUGACGAAGCCUUCAAAAAGUUCCGCACAGAACGCCACGAAGAGAUACGCCAACAAGGCGGAGAAGUGAAGCGCCGUGGAUGGGCCCAGAAAGCGAAGCGACACGGUGAAGAGCUG